CGGAGCUCGAAUUGGGCAGAGCAAGCAAAAAGCGUUGCAUCUCUGCGAAGGGUGGAUCUUUCUUUUUCGCCUUGGCCUUCAACCAGACUUCGUAAGUGAGAUAUGCAUUGAUCUUAAGGUAGAUGGAUGGAUUAUGUCCAUCCAAGAUACUGAUCGCGACGCAUUGGCUUGAAAUUUGAAAAUUCACAUGCCCAAUCUCAAUUGACAAAAUUUUCAAAUCAGUGCACCUUAACUCGCAAGAACUACCGAUAGCCCCGUAAAAACUACUACAAUAUGUCCAAGAUCCCAGCCGUUUUGAACCCCACUGAGGAAGAUCUUCAGCUUCUUCUCAGCGCCCAAUGCCACCUUGGAGCUAAGAACUGCACCUCGGUCAUGAACCCCUAUGUCUACAAGCGUCGCAAUGAUGGUAUCCAUAUCAUCAACCUUGGAAAGACUUGGGAGAAGCUCGUUUUCGCUGCUCGUAUCAUUGCUGCCAUUGAAAACCCCCAAGACAUUGUCGUUGUGUCUGCUCGUCCUUAUGGUCAUCGUGCUGCUUUGAAGUUCGCAAAGUACAUUGGCGCUGAAGCUAUCGUUGGUCGUUUCACUCCUGGUACCUUCACCAAUUACAUCACUCGCUCCUUCAGAGAGCCUCGCUUGAUUAUCAGCACCGACCCCCGUACUGAUUCUCAAGCUAUCAAGGAAUCUUCCUAUGUCAACAUCCCUGUCAUCUCUCUUGCUGACACUGACUCUCUUUUGGAGUUCGUUGAUGUUGCCAUCCCUACCAACAACAAGGGUAAGCACGCUCUUGGCUUGAUUUACUGGCUUUUGACCCGCCAAGUUCUCCGUCUCCGCGGUACUCUCGAGUACGGCACCCCCUGGGACGUCAUGGUUGAUAUGUUCUUCUACCGCGACCCUGAGGAAGCUGAGAAGGAGCAAGCCGCUGCUGCUGCCGCUGCCGCUGAGCAAGAAGACACUGCUUGGACUUCCGCCCCUGAGGCUGAAUGGGCUGCUGAAGGCAUUUCUGCUGAAGGCCCUGCUGCCACUGCCGGUGCUGCUGACUGGGCCAACGCUCCCACUGCUGACUGGGCUGAUGACUCUAACACCCAAGCUGCCUCUAGCAGCUGGGAUGCUUAAAUGCUUGUCACCUCUUUCAUGCAAAUGUAGCAAGUUAUCAUUCAGCACAGAGAUAUUUCAGUAAAAUGUGAUACUGUUGUUUUGAGUGAAUAAAAACCAUAAAAUGACAUGACGGGGUGCAGAGUUUAUGACGGGUGCUGAAUGCUUUUUUUUUACAAAGGAACGACUUUUUGAGCACUCUAGAAAUUAUGUACAAGGAUGAUUUUUAUAAAUCUCGUUCUUCAAUCUUGCGGUUACGGAGAUGGUAUAAAUCAGAGGCUUUCAUCCCCUGAAGAUCAUAUCCAGCUAAUGGCUUGCCAUUUGGUUGAAGUUGUUCCAAUUGAUCCAACUUCAUCGCCUUUUUCUUCAUUGUAUCCCGUCUUUUCUCAAUCUCUUCGUCCAAUUUUUUCUGGU